GCAAAUUUUUUGAAAUAUUUAUUUCUAAAUAAAUAAUUAAGAAUAUGUAUCUUCCAUUCACACACGGUGUAAUUACAAUCAACCUAGUAUAAUACUCCUAGCUGUGUUCCUCAGUUCUCUGUCCAGCAAUCGCUAGGGUUUCUGUCCGAAGAUCCAAGCUUCUUCGGUUAGAACCGAAUUGAAAUUCAUACGAAUCUCGAACCCAAUAAGGAAUAUAUGGGAGGAGGCGACGACGAUGACCGGAUAAGUAAAUUGCCGGACGACAUUCUCGUUGAUGUAAUAAGUCGCCUGUCACUUAAGGAAGCUGGUCGAACGAGUGUUCUUUCUCCCCGGUGGAAAAACGUGUGGAAACACACCCCGUUUCUCAAUUUCGAUGCAGACGAUGUACUUCAGAAGAUUAUGGAGCACCAUUCUUCCAAGGAUUUAAUCAAAAUCGAGGCGCCCAAAUACGUAGAAUGGGUGAACUCCGUCGUCCGGGCCCACAAAUCCCCCACGUUAAAAGAGUUCAAAAUCCGUUUCCAUCUGGACAAUAAAUACGAGAGCUCGAUCACUCAAUGGCUCGAAUUCGCAUUUUCCAAACAAGUCGAGCGGUUGGAGUUGAACCACGAAAAUUUCAUCAAUCCGAACGAGUAUUAUUGUCUCCCCGAUUUUAGUUCCUUUGCCAGCUGUAAGUCCCUCAAGGCACUGUCUCUCGUCAGUGUGCACGUGACAGACGGAGCGGUUGAGUUCUUUUUACGAAAUUGCCCUCUCCUCGAAGAAUUGACCGUGUGCUGCUCGCAUAAGUUCUUGGAUCUUGAAGUCUGCGGUCCGUCGCUCGUGUUGAAGCACUUGGAUUUGCAGCACACUUACGAUUUCAGAACGCUUAAAAUCUGCGCGCCGUUUCUUACGUCGCUCAAGGUUCAGAUUACAAAGGGGCUCUUGAUUGAGAAUGUUCCGAUGCUGGUUGAUUUAUCUCUUACGAGUUAUUCCGUAAAAGGACUGAUUUCUGCAAUCUCUUGCUGCUUUUCUCAAUUGGAAGUUCUUUGCUUUUCGUUGACGAGCAUUAAUAAAGAGGUAAUGAGUGAGCACGGCAAUUUCCCCGAGAUGCCUAAGUUGAAGAAGCUGUUCAUCGAAUAUAAGACGUGCGGUUACGAAAGUCUUGUUAGAUUGAUGGCUUCUUUGAUAAGAAAAUCUCCGAGCUUGGAGGAAUUUGCUUUACAGUAUAAUUAUUUUCCACCGAAGGUUAGGAAAGAUAGAGGAGUCGAGGAGGCUAUGUGGUUUCCUAACAAUCACGUUAAAGUCUUCAAGUUGAGCUCCGACUAUAGUCGCGUGAGCGAUGUUAUGGUUUACAUAGUUGGGGGCAUUUUGGGGAAUUGCGCCGGGCUUGAGAAAAUUAUAGUUGAUACCUCCGAUGGAUAUUUCCCCGUAAAUGACCGACACAAAAUUGAGAGGAGGAACAAGGCAAAGCAACAACUCGAACCACAAAUACCUCACCACAUUGAAUUUGUUGUUCUUUAGCUUCAAAAAAGGAGAAUCUAUAGGCCAUUAAGCUAUCUGUUUUGGUCAAAUUAUGAGUUUAAACUCUAUAUUUUUCUUAAGUUUUAAAAAUACUAAUUUUUAUUUCUGAUUUGUAUUUUUUUUCGAAAUUGGUGAUUUUGAUUGAGCAGUUAUGAUUUUGGU